AUGGCGCCUCUCGGUGAUGCUCCUGUGGCUGCCGCAACGGCGCCAGGCCUCGUCGUCUCCUUUGGCGAGAUGCUGAUCGAUUUCGUGCCGGACAUGGCCGGCAUCUCGCUCGCUGAGUCGGGAGGCUUCGUCAAGGCACCCGGGGGUGCGCCCGCCAACGUCGCAUGUGCCAUCUCCAAGCAGCGCAUGAUGAUUCUCCCGUUUGGCGACGACGAGUUCGGACACAUGCUGGUGGACAUCCUGAAGCAGAACAGCGUGAACGUGGAGGGCUGCCUCUUCGACCAGCACUUGCGCACGGCCCUGGCCUUUGUCACCCUCAAGUCCAACGGCGAGCGUGAGUUCAUGUUCUACCGCAACCCGUCGGCUGACAUGCUCCUCACCGAAGCCGAGCUCAACCUGGACCUCAUCCGCCGAGCUCGCAUCUUCCACUACGGCUCCAUCUCGCUCAUCACUGAGCCCUGCCGCUCCGCACACAUCGCCGCCAUGCGCGCCGCCAAGUCAGCCGGCAUCCUCUGUUCCUACGACCCCAACGUGCGCCUCCCGCUCUGGCCCUCCGCCCAGGCCGCACGUGACGGCAUCAUGAGCAUUUGGAAGGAGGCCGACUUCAUCAAGGUGAGUGACGAGGAGGUGGCCUUCCUCACGCAGGGCGACGCCCACGACGAGAAGAACGUCCUCUCGCUCUGGUUCGACGGCCUCAAGCUGCUGGUCGUCACCGACGGCGAGAAGGGAUGUAGGUACUUCACCAAAGACUUCAAGGGCUCCCUGCCAGGGUACUCCGUUAACACCGUCGACACCACCGGCGCCGGCGAUGCCUUUGUUGGAUCCCUCCUACUCAACGUCGCCAAGGACGGCUCCAUCUUCUACAAUGAGGCCAAGCUGAGGGAGGUGCUCCAGUUCUCCAACGCUUGCGGGGCCAUCUGCACCACCAAGAAGGGAGCCAUCCCGGCGCUGCCCACCACUGCCACCGCCCUUGAGCUCAUCAGCAAGGACACCAACUAG